CCGCAGUUCACAGGGCGCAGCGCUGCGGGGCGGCCGCGGCUUCGGCCGCUCCCCACACAGCGCCGCUCCCCGGCCGCGCCGUGCGCUUCCACCAGCGCCGCCACAGCCUCGGCUAGGACGGCAGCCGCAGAGCGUAGCGGCAUGGACGGGCUGCUGGCGGUUGCCCCUCGGGCGGCCGAGUAGCUAAUGCCCGCCCGGCGGCGAUCGGGAACCCGGGACGUGCCCGCGUCUGCAGCCGCCGCGUUCAGGCACAUGUGACAGCACUGCAGCAAUGAGUGGAAUUUUAAAGAGGAAGUUUGAAGAAGUUGAUGGCUCCUCACCUUGUUCCUGUGUGUGGGAAUCAGAUGAUGACAUCUCCAGCAGUGAAAGUGCUGACAGUGGAAGUAAUGUCCAUCCGUCCACUUCUAACCAUUUCACUCGUGCAUGUGACAGCAUUGCAGCAAUGAGUGGAAUUUUAAAGAGGAAGUUUGAAGAAGUUGAUGGCUCCUCACCAUGUUCCUCUGUGCGGGAAUCAGAUGAUGAUAUAUCUAGCAGUGAAAGCGCUGACAGUGGUGAUAGUGUCAAUCCAUCCACUUCUAAUCAUUUUACCCCUUCUUCCAUCCUGAAGAGAGAGAAGCGGAAGAGGACAAAAAAUGUGCAUUUUAACUGUGUCACUGUGUACUACUUCACAAGAAGGCAAGGCUUCACCAGUGUUCCCAGCCAAGGGGGAAGCACCCUGGGAAUGUCGACUCGCCACAACAGCGUGCGCCAGUACACGCUCGGAGAGUUUGCCAUGGAACAGGAGAGGCUUCACCGAGAGAUGCUGAGAGAGCAUCUAAGGGAGGAAAAACUGAAUUCUCUGAAACUAAAGAUGACAAAGAACGGCACCGUGGAGUCUGAAGAAGCUAAUACGCUGACCCUGGAUGACAUUUCUGAUGACGACAUUGAUCUGGACAACACAGAGGUAGAUGAGUACUUCUUUCUACAACCUCUGCCAACAAAAAAGCGAAGGGCGUUGCUGCGAGCUUCUGGGGUGAAGAAGAUUGACGUGGAAGAAAAACACGAGCUGAGGGCCAUCCGCCUGUCCAGAGAGGAUUGUGGCUGUGACUGCCGUGUCUUCUGUGAUCCAGAGACUUGCACUUGCAGUCUGGCAGGCAUAAAAUGUCAGGUGGAUCGUAUGUCUUUUCCAUGCGGUUGCACUAAAGAAGGGUGUAGCAAUACAGCAGGUAGAAUUGAAUUUAACCCUAUCCGGGUACGAACUCACUUUCUGCACACAAUAAUGAAGCUUGAACUGGAGAAGAACAGGGAGCAGCAAGUUCCAGCACUAAAUGGCUGUCACAGUGAGAUCAGUGCACACACCAGUUCCAUGAGCCCAGGACCCCAUCCCGUUGAAUAUUCGAUCGCGGAGAAUUUUGAGAUUGAAACGGAACCCCCGGCUGCAGUUCUGCAUUCUCAGUCAGCCGAGGACUUGGACUGCCCAGGGGAAGAGGAGGAAGAGGAGGAUGGGAGUAGCUUUUGUAGUGGAGUUACAGAUUCUAGCACACAGAGCUUAGCCCCUAGUGAAUCAGAUGACGAUGAAGAGGAAGAGGAUGAUGAAGAGGAAGAUGAUGAGGAAGAAAAAGCAGAUGAUUUUGUAGAAAGCAUGAGCUCUCAUGCUGAUAUGGUGCCUCUUCCUUCUGUCCUCUGCUACUCUGAUGGAACUGCUGUGCAUGAAAACCACUCUAAAAAUGCCUCGUACUACACUAACUCUUCAAGCCUGUAUUACCAAAUAGAGAACCAAGUUGCUGGCACUGCUAACCAGAUCGGUGAGACUUACUCAGAAAGGGAUGCUGUCAAGAACGGUGGUCUUUCUCUGGUGCCUUACAGCAUGACUUCAGAACAGUUUGUUGACUACACACGGCAAUCAGAGGAAGCUUUUAGCAGCCCUCAUUACCCUUCUGCAAACCCCUCAGUGAUUGUUUGCUGCUCAUCUUCUGAAGGAGAUAGCAGCGUCCCAUGUAACAGUUUAUACGCUGAGCAUAGGCCCAGUCAUCCUCAAGUGGAAUUUCACUCAUACUUGAAAGGUCCUUCUCCAGAUGGCUUUGUUUCAGCUUUGAAUGGUGACAGCCUUAUACAAGAGCAUCCUGCUGAGAAUUCACUGAGCCUCCCAGAAAAGAGCAGACUGCACGAAGAGUGUAUCAAAUCCCCAGUGGUAGAAACGGUACCUGUUUAAUAUUAGAAUUAUGCUAUGACUGACUCCCUGUAUUAAAACAAACUCAACCCUGGAUUUCCUAGACGCUUUUUUAACAGCUAGACAAACACUUGGUGUGCAGUCAAACGUUCCAGACACAUUUCUGUUUCCUCAAGCUACGGUGGCAGUGGUAUUGCACAAAAAAGAAACCCAAACAAAACCCAACGGUUCAUGUAAAGAUUUCAAUAAAAAAACAAUGGAACUGUCUUUUGAUAAAAUAUAAACCACCCAAGUGAAAAAAAAGAACCACAUCCAACACAUUGCAGAGUAGCCCUACCUAUCAAAGUACGUGGAACCUGCCAAGCUAUCUGAAUCAAAGCUUCGUGUUUUUGAUUGUCGGGCCUGUGCAAGAUUGUUAAUAACGAUACUUUGAAAUGAUCACCUUUAGAGUCCUAAUUUUCAACAUAUCUGAGAAGAUGGUGCUGUCCAUGUGCAAACUGUUCCAUGAAUUGUCUAUUUUGUCAAAGUGUGAAUUCCAGAGCCUGAACUUUGUGAAGUGAUGACCGUUUGCAGUUUAGUUGGAAAGAUGUCCAAGCAAACACACGCUUGGGUUCUUCCUGAGUGCUUCCCAGGUGCUGUCUCCUACCAUUCCUAAAUCCAAGGCAGCUUUUUUGUUGCUAAUAAACAUGCCAGAAUAUUGUUUUAACUUACAGAGAAAAGCUAUAACGUCCUUGAGAACUUUCUGCUACCCUAAUGGCUGACACCAGGGGUUUUACUUUUGAUAAAGACAUCCAGUUGAUGAAACGUUUUGCUACCAAAGUCUUUAGUUCCUUCCUCUCUUCAUUUCUCUUUUGUGUAGUAAGGCUUGGCAUUAAAAUCGGGCAUGGGGGCAACUCUAAUGUCCUCUGUGCUAGCUAUCCUUUAUUUUGCUAGAGGAGUUCAGUUUUAGUUUUCACUUCCUUAGCAUGAGCAUGUGGAUAGAUUGGAGCCUCCCUCUCCCCACCCCAGUCCUCGGUUGGCUCUGAAAAUGAGUCAUGAGGGAGCAGUCUUGGGCGGGGGGAGGGGAGUGCAGUCCUUUUUUAUACACACAAACAGGCGAGAAACCCACCCCACAGGCUGCAGAGAUGUGGUAGGGAUCCUUGCUGCCUCCUCAGGCAUGUAGAUCCAGUACCAUUCUUAACGCAGCAAGCACAGCCCGGUACAGUGUGAAAAGCCAAGAUUAGGGAAAGCAGAAUUCUGUUAGAGACACAAAAAAAUCCCUUCAAACUACUGUUAGGAACUUAGGUUCUUUUUUUUCCUAAUACAAGACUAAAUUCAGAACACCUUUAUGUAAAAGAGAAGUGAAUGAGGUCUUCAAAGGUAAAAAUGUGCAUUGCUCUACUGCUCUAUAGUCUUUGUGGUUAGGAGGCUACUCGCUUUUUCAACAAGCUAUAAAGACUGGAUUAGCUUUUCUCAGCGAACAGGAAAACAGUGGAAGCCAGAAGAAUCAAAUGAACAUCACUAUUCUAACACAAGGAUCGAGAUAAUCCUUUAUCUUGAGGCACAGGUGGUCUGUAGUCUCUGUAGUGUGUGUGUGGGGAUCAAGCAAUUUAGAGAAAAAGAGGGAUGAAGGCAAGAAGUAGAUUGACAAGCACUGAUUUUUUUUCUUCUAAAGGACAAAAGAAAACAUACUCUAAGAAACAAACUAACCAACCCCCCAGAAAAGGUCCCCAACCCCAGACAGGGAGGAAAAGAGGAAAUUAAGAUUAUCUCAUUGUUUACUUAUACCUUGUAAAACUGACAUGAGCUAUGGGAAAUGUGAUUUUUUUUUUUCCCCACACCAGUUGUAUCCAGAUGGACAUUAAAUAACUUAGCCAAAAGCAUGAGGUUAAAAAUAAAACAGUGGGAAGCAAAACAGCACUUCAGAAGCACUGCUGCCAUGUAUUGUCUUUGCCUCUUGACUGCAGAGUCAUGGUCAGUAGCCUUUUAGUUGGCUCUGCUCCCAAGCACAUGUUCUAAUGAACCCUCUUUCUCAGCUAACAAGAGGAAACACUAUGAGGAAAGAACAACUAAGUGUCCUUUUUAUUGGCAUUUUAGCCUUGGCUUUUCUGGCAGACAAUUCUGUCAGGUUUUACUAUCUUAAACUUUUUAAUGAUGGUCUUUAAGAAUGAAAUUUUGAGCUGGAUUAAGAGUGAAGGUUGGCCUUGCUGGGGUGCCAGCAGGUCACUGUAAUGAACCAGCCACCCGCUUCUGAAGCUCUAAUACAGAGAUAAAGCAUUUCCAGCUUCUUGAAGAGCUGGCACCAUUGUGUGCGCUGGCAGCCACUUCUCUUGAAACAAAGCCAGAAGCAGGUAUGCUUGCUGUUUGUUGGACCCAUGUCACACAAACACCACCACUUCCAGUCUCACAUCAGAGUGCUUAAUAACCAGGCCCUGCUUUUAAUUGACUGAUUGUAGGCACUUCUCUGGGAAUAUACUGAAGUGUAGUUUGUGAACCGUUUAACAAGUGUUUGAUGUAAAGUCAGUGCUAGACAUUGAACAGUGCAAAAAUAGUCACAGCCUGUAGAUGACAAAUCCCUUCCUAAGAGCUUCAGCCUGCAAUAUUGUCUUAGUAAAGUCAGUCUUUUUAAGUUAAAUUACAUCCUGGUGGAAUCAUCUGUUACAGAUACAAUCAUGAAUACGAAUGUACUGGUUAAUACCUAUUAACACAAACCAAGGCAGUUGGUUGGUUGUGUUGAUUCAGUUCCCAUACAGCUAACAGCAAGUUUGUUAAAAACACCAACCCAGCACUUACUACAGUCUUUGUUACCACAUAACAUUUACGCUGUCUACUCCAGCCCUAUCUUUUAGGAGGUUCCUGUUCUCUCCAUAUAUUCCCCCCCUAAGAACAUGGAGUUGCUUUGGAAAUUUUCAUCGGCACAGCAUGGAUUCAAAAGCACCUCUGUCUUACAUGGUCCUUCACACAUAAUCCAUUCAGAUGGGACUACUGUGAUGUCAUUGAGGCUGUACAUUACUUCUAACUAUUUUUUUGAGAAAGAGAAUUAUUUUAAGUACUUAACAUUUUCCAUUGCAGAUGAUCUUGCAUACUAAAAUUAAGGAGAUCUCAACAGCACAGCAACAUUUAAUGGGACUGCUGCUUUUAAACUCUUUGAAGAAGCAAAGGGAAAGAUCAUUCAUCUUCAAAACUCUGUAAUGGAAAUAAUUCUAAGCUUCAUGAACUGACACAUAUCCUUAAAUUCCCUUUUUUUUAUGUUUUCCAAACAAGUUGUAACAUCAAAGAUGCCAAAGGGUAAUAUAAGCUACAGUAAUAUUCAACAGAACGUAACCUAAACCUUAUGUUGUAAUAAUUUAUUCAAAUUAACUGUAUUCUUCUGUAUUUAUAUUUUCACUAUUUAUUAUUCUAUGGAAUUUGAUGUAUUUAUUGUGGCUUAUUACUGCAGUGUAUAUAUAUAUAUUACAAAGAUGAGCGUUUUUAAGUCUUAACAUUAGGGUUUUUGGUUAAUUAGUGGCACUUGUCUCGGCUGUAUUUUUAUUAUAUAUAUAUAUAUUGUACAAUCUCUAUUGUCCUUUGGUUUGCAAUGAAGUAAAACAGGUUUCUACGUUACAUCACGGCUGCCAGUGCGUUGUGCAUCUUAUUUCUACCCUGCAGGCAGUAGCCAGGCAGAGCCAGAAUUAGCACUGCACCUCGUGCCAGAGACCUCGCUGAAAUUUCAAGCGGUUCUCCUGUUUCCUCCUAGUCUGCAGGUGUAAGGAGAAGCAGGUUUGGGUUUGUUGGGGUUGUUUUGUUUUCUAAUGUAAGCAGUAGAUCAAUAUUAAGAAAACAACAGAAGUGCCACAUGAGUUGUAACUGUUUGCCCCCAUUCAUGAUAACUGCUGUCUACGCUCUUCUUUGGCCAGCGGAAUAAACUACAUAAUUCAUUUGCA